AUGCGGUUCAGCUGCAAUGGUUGCCGCGUCCUCCGCCGCGGCUGCACCGUGGAGUGCCCCAUUCGAACCUCCCUUCAAUGGAUCGAUUGCCCCCACUCUCAGUCCAACGCCACCCUCUUUCUCGCCAAAUUCUAUGGCCGUCAAGGCCUCCUCACCCUCCUCACCAACGCCCCCUCUCAACUCCAACCAGCUGUAUUUAAAUCUUUGCUUUACGAAGCUUGCGGUCGGAUGGUGAACCCGGUUUUCGGCUCGACCGGGUUACUCUCAACCGGGAAUUGGCACCUCUGUGAAGCCGCGGCCAAAGCCGUUCUGAGCGGUGCGCCGAUUCAGCAAGCCCCUCUGGACGGCGUUGCGAGUCUGCAGCUCGAGGCUUGCGAUAUUCGACACGUGGCAAAGAGUCAUAAAUCGUGCGGCUCUGAGGCGCUCCACAGAGUGAAGUCACGCACCAGCAAGUUCAAGCGCCGCGCCGCGAAGCUAAAACCCGACUCUACCGUCGCUGAGUUGGGUGAAAGCUUGUUAGGCGAACAGCGAUCGGUGAGUCAUGACUCGGGAUCUGGGUUGACUCGGGCGAGUGAGAACAAAAUCGUUGGCGGAGAAGCCGACAGCAGCUGCAGCGAGAGUAUCGACCCGGCUCGAGUUAAUGAAGGAAAAAUGGAGCUUCAAUUAACUUUGGGGUGGGGUCCAGUGAAAAGAUCAAUGAACACGAUGAUGCCACGUGUAGGUCUCGAUCUCUCUGGCUAA